AUGGUAAAGGAGGAUACUGUAAAUAACAAUGAAGAUUCUGAGCCAUCAGUAUGCGAGAGAAAUGACAUGAUUCCCAUGCAUGAGCAAAGUGAGGAGGGAGCAACAGGAGAUGCCAAAGGUACCGAGGGGAACACGCAAACAGAAGAAACUGCUCUCUUGAAUCAUUGUGCUCAGCAACCUCCAGAACUGACAACAGGGUCUUCAGUACCUGCAAGAACAUGGAGGCAAAUAUUUACUUGUCCUCCUCAGGGUUUACUGGCCCGAACAGUGACAAAUGUUGCAGCCAUUGUCCUGGUAUGGGCUGUGGUUUGGUCCAUCACUGGGACUGAGUGUCUCCCAGGUGGAAAUCUAUUCGGAAUUAUGUUUCUUUAUUUUUUUGCUGUCAUUGGAGGUAAAAUUUUUGGAUUCAUUAAAAUAGGAACACUACCGCCUCUCCCUGCUCUUCUGGGGAUGCUGCUUGCUGGUUUCCUAAUCCGAAAUACCCCGUUCAUUAGUGACAUCGUCCAGAUAAACCUACGCUGGUCUGCAGCACUGAGGAAUAUUGCUCUUUCAAUUAUCUUGACUCGAGCAGGACUCGGCCUGGAUCCAAAGGCUCUUAAGAAGCUCAAAGGAGUCUGUUUACGUCUUUCUUUUGGACCUUGCGCCUCUGAAACAUGCACAGCUGCUGUUCUUGCCUACUUGUUCAUGCAUUUGCCUUGGCAAUGGGGAUUCAUAUUAGGUUUUGUUCUAGGUGCAGUCUCCCCUGCCGUGGUGGUUCCCUCAAUGCUGAUUUUACAAGCUGGGGGAUACGGAGUGGAGAAAGGUGUCCCAACUUUGCUAAUGGCCGCUGGCAGUAUCGAUGACAUUCUGGCUAUCACAGGCUUCAACACUUGUCUUGGGAUGGCUUUCUCUUCUGGUUCUACUCUGUACAAUGUGCUCCGUGGAGUGCUGGAGGUUGCUGUUGGCAUAGCAGCGGGGGGGAUUCUGGGAAUGUUUGUUCGAUAUUUUCCAAGCCAUGAUCAGGCAUCUUUGGCAUGGAAGAGAUCAUAUUUUGUACAUGGACUGUCCAUGUUUGCUGUUUUCGGGAGCAUCUACUUUGGCUUCCCUGGAUCAGGAGGGCUCUGCACGUUAGUCUUGGCUUUUGUUGCAGGUGUGGGAUGGUCUGAUGAAAAG